AUGUCCAUGCUCACUCGCACUCCCGCCGUCAUCCGCUCGAAGGUCGCCCAUGUACGCGUCGCCCCUUCAGCGCGCUUCGCCCAUGAUUACCAUCACCUCCCCUUCGCGCUCCCCGGCAAAAAUCGGCUGGGUUUCGGAGUUAAGGUGUUUGCCUACUUGAUCACCGGGUUCAGCAUACCAUUCGUUGCCGCUGCUUACCAGCUCAAGAAGUCUGCUGCUUAA